AGCUUAAACUAUAGUUUAAACUAUAGUUUAAUAAGACAAGUUGGAGAAAAAUUGAGCUAAACGCUUCUUUGGAGAAGUUGUAUGAUAGCUACGGAGUGAUUGAUCUGUUAUACAUAGAACUACUUUGGGAUCCCGGAUAGCAGUAGCUAAAUCGAUAACUAUAUAAUGAUGAAUACCACAGCAAUCCUUUCUCACCUCAAGAGGAAUAACACACAAGGGAACACGGUGUGCCUCCUCUCAAACCACCUCUAUCAAACAAUCGCACAGGUAUGGUCUGAACUACCUGGAGUAAAGCUGGUGUACGAGCCACUAUCAAACUACAACAAGGAAUUCCUGACUCUGCUCACUACUCUGGGCAUCACUAUCAAGUGCAGCAACCAGGAGUUGCUGGAAAAUCUGACCCGUAAACAGAACGUUGUAAUCGGAACUGAAAACCUCACGUCCUCCUUCAUCAGAAACGCUUAUACGAGAGGCUACAACAAUUUCGCCGCGUCAGGAGAAUCAUGCGAUGUCAUCAAAUUAACCAACAUACUUGGGAACAACUUUAGGCUUACUGAACAGUUCUCAAAAGAAGAAGGAACAGAUACAAUCGUAAAGGAGGUCCUUUCAGUUUCUGGUCGUCCUGCUCGGGAAAUAUGUUUGGGAGUCCUUGAAACCCUAACGGAGAUCCGAGCUUUAAAAAACUCGUUCAUGGAAUUGAAACGGAAUCUACCGGCUGAUACAGUCCUCAAUGUUGAAUUGGGACAAGAGCUAUUCCAGUCUACUUCCCUCAUUGCUACUAAAAUCAUCGUCACGAAAAACCAGGACGGUCAGACCAGAUACGAUAUUGACAUGUCAAUGUUUGAAGAGUUUGCAAGCUAUCUUGACACAGGACACAACUUUACUGUUCAUUCUCAACACGAAGAUAGGACAAUGUUCAGCUCUGUUUACGGCAACACAGGAGAUGAAGAUGAUCUGAUCCUAAAAGGAAACGUUGGUGAACUAGAUGUCGGGGACUGGUUACUGAUUGGUAACGUGGGUCAGGCUGAUUGCAGGGGACUCGAUAUCAUAUUGCUAGACAAGGAUUACAGAGUGGUCACCAAAAGAAGACCCAGCAACUCCAUCUCCAACUCGCUGGAUCAGGACACCAACCUUCUUACCGUUUCAGCUUAACUCGCCUUUACAUCACCAGUUACUAGGUCCUCGUUAUAUUCGCCUCAUUAUUACUCAAACGUAUAACGCUACGAUCUAGUUUCUAUCUUAUCACAAUAAUUAAGCUUUAGAUUUUUAGGGUUAUUAGUUUCUUCUAGAAUUGUUCUUGGAAUUAGGUAUAAAAAGCCUGUUGACCUAGUGGUUGUAAAAUUAAUAAUGUCUUUACUUUAACUCGAUUAUACCAAAAACGGAAAUAGAGAAGGAACGUUUUCUAUUAACUUAUAGUGUGCAUGUUGAUUUUCCAGAUUUACGUUUAGUUAUAUUUAUAAAAAGACUGCUGUGGUAUAUUCAGUAAUAACUGGACGAUAUAUUGGGCCUGGGGUUGUUCACAUAUUACGUAGGUAAUCAGCCGAGGGGGGGGGGGGAGUUCCCGAAUGAUUACGGUUGAUCACGGGGAGGGAGGGGGUAAAAAUUGCUAAAACAUUGAUUACGUAAUUAGUAAUAUGUGAACGACCUAAUUUUUAGUUGUAUGAUCCUGAUUCCUAUCCGAUCGAAUCUCAGACUGACUAAAAGUAAAAAGGUUGAUUAGAUUUACUAACAAAUUAUUGAUCCAAGGGAUCGUUCAUAUAAUAUAUC